AAUGCUUUGCAAUUCUAAUGGCCAACCUAUUCCUCAGGGAGGAAGGGGGUGGGGGCACUGUGCUGCGCUCCAUUCAAUAACCCCGGUAAUGACAGCUCCACAAAGAUCAGCAAUCCGAAGAUGAAUAAUGCAGCUGCUCCUUCCGCAAGCUUUGGGGGAGGGAAAUCUUGUUUUCCAGUACAGCUGGCUGGCUGAGUAUUUUUAUCCUACGGUUAUGAAAGAUUAUAUCACGUGUUUUAUGAGGGGAGUGCAUGGUGUUUGUUUACUGCAUCCAUAGGAUGUGGUGAUAUUUAAUUCCACUGCACUCUGCCUUAUACGCAGAAAAGGUUGGAGUCCUUUGUUUAAGAUUGUGAAAAAAUGAUGUAAAAAAAGAAAAAGGUGUAACUUGCAAGUACUCUUUAAAAGGAAUAAUAAUGGGACCGGGCAUUCAAGAUUAUCCCUUACUACUGCAACGAGGGACAAUGAAAAAGGACAGCCAAAUCCAUGAAACCCACAAAGGAAUGGUAAUUUCCAGUGGUGGAAAGGGACAUCCAAGUACCAAAGGACUAGAGAAACCACUUUCCCCUGUGAGACCUUCUCCCAGCAGAUUAAGCAAAAGUAUUUUAAAUACCACCAAAAAGACUUUCCGUUGCACCCAGGAUGAUAGUCAACCAAGUUUUCUUUACAAGGAAAGAAACAGGCUAGAUGAGGCUCAUCAGCAAAACAGAAUGAUGAGUGUUUGCACAUCACUGUACAAAGUACGAGGGGCAAAGAAGGACCUCACAGAAAGAAAGCAAAGUGAAUCUGGACUACACAGAAUCCCUUCCAAUUUGAAGGGGAAUUCACAAGGUGGCUCCAGUAGGGCAGAAGAUGUUCUGAUGCAAAGAUGUAAUUCUAAUCAAAAAGGAGAAUCUCAAAGAAGUCUUGGAGAGCAUGUGACUGAAGCUGUCGGUUGCACUUCUAAAUAUCCAGGGACCUCUGUGAAUGAGAUGUUUCUUGACUUUCAAUCAGUGAGAAUUAUUCAAGAGGAUGCUGCUGAGGACAGUGCCAGUGACCUUUCUGACUCAGAAAGAAUUCCCAUUCCUCCUUCCCCCUGCACACUGCCAGAACUCAACCUCAGAGCUGAAGAAAUUGACCCAGCAUGUUUUGAACACCUCUUUGAUGCAGGGUAUAAAGAAUCAAUGUAUUAUUAUCCUGACUUCCUCCCACCUCCUUUCAACUCCUGGGACCUGCAGCAGCUGGCAAUGUUUGUUAACACGGAGUGUAAAUCGGAAUCUCGACCACAACCAGCAGGAUUUAUUGAGAAAUAUAUCGAUCGGCUUUUGCAGCUGGAGUGGCUGCAGGUACAAACUAUACAGCACGAGAAAGGAAAGACAGCCAAAGCUAGGCCUCAGACGGCUCCUAGUAUCGUUCGGACCCUAAAAAGCCCUGGCAAAGGCAAAUCAUUGCAUAGCCCUUCGCCUAACAAGCCGUUAACUCCCAAAGAAAGUGUGAUAAAGCUCCCCACCAGCCUUUCAGGUCACAGAAGAGAUGUACACUGUGAAGAAAAUAGCCAGUUAAAUGCAUAUCCAAGUCACUCAAAAGUUGCUGAGGUUAUGGGUGGCACGUCAUCCCCACAGAAACAUGCCUGUGAAACGAGGAAUGAGAUGAAAAAGAGGUCAGCCACCAAGCCGCAACUUCUCAAUAUGCAGCCCUGUGCAAGCAGCUCUAAGAUUCAGGAUGUUGGUAUUCAGGAUAUUGGUAACAUUAGACCCCUCAAACAAUGUCCCAAGUUCCAUAGUUCAGCUGUCCCCACCCAGGGGCAAAAAACACAGGCAUGUUCAAAUCUGAAGAAGAAUGGAAAUGCUAAUAAUUAUGUUCCUUCCAAGAAACCAACAGGGGACAGGAAGUUAAAAACAAAUGGUGUGAAGCAAACAUCAUGUACAUUUAAAUAAUGAAGAAGAAUUAAUUAGUAAUUUGGCAAUGCAAUGCUGACUGCUGGAGUGUGGAGGGGCCAUGGUUUUUCCAUCAGGAAAUCCUGUAGAAAAUUGUUCUUGCUGCAAAUUUCUGCACAUUUAAGUACAUUGGACCUUAAACUAGCAGGGCCAACAGGGAAUAUUUUUCUCUGAAGACAAAUGUCUUCCACUGGUCUUUACUCAAAGCGUAGACACUUGCUUAUAUAAGAAGAUUCUAGCUAAUAAAGUUAGGAAAACAUAAAAUGUCUGAUUUCUUCUCACGCUGACACCCAUGUAACUUCAUUGACUUCAGUGGAGUUACUCCUGAUUUACACUGGUGUAUGUGAGAGGAGAAUCAAAUCCAUACACUCUCCAUUGAGCAGACACACACGUAUGCCAUAUAGGGUGAGACAGAUUUGCUUUUCUUUCUGGUGGAGAAGAGUUUAGUUGAUUUUAUAAGAGAAUGGAACUGGCCAGGCUCAUCUAUGCAAAGUUAAAGUCUCUGAUUCUUGAGGGAAGAGCACAAAAUCGGACUGUUUGGGGAGCAGAGAAUAUUUUGAAGUAAUCUUCUGAGUCAGAAGAGAUUCUACUAGUUAAAAUCAUACCACUGCUAAAGGACUGACAUCCGCUUAUCUGGUGAUAGGCCAAGGAUAUGGCCUGAAUAUUUUUAUACAGCUACCUUUGUUGUAGUCUUAGACCAUUUUCCUUAAAGUCCACCUUGUAGGUCUUGCUGCUUUAUGUCAUUUAGAAGGUGACCCUCUUACCACUAUUACCACUCAAGCAAGAGAUCUUGGAGUCAUCCUGCUUAGUUCUCUGAAAACAUCUGCUCAGUGUGAAAUGGCAGCCAAAAAAAGCGAAUAGAAUGUUAGGAACUGUUUGGAGAAGGACAGAUAAGACAGAAAAGAUCAUAUAAUGCCACUAUAUAAAUCCAUGGUACUCCCACACCUGGAAUACUGCAUGCAGUUCUGGUCACCCGUAACAGCGUGCACUCACCUCUCGUGAGCACCCCCUUGGCCGAGUGCACACGCUUUGAUUGUUCCUCCUCUGGGAUAGAGCAGCACCCCAGGGCUCCCUCCCUGGAGACAAUGUCUUUGCCCCCUUGGGGCUUCCUGGCUACAGCUCUCCAUCUGGGUCACUAUAGUUCAGUUCCCCCUCUGGGGCACCUCACUGUCCAGGCCACUUCCCCCCAGUGGCUAAUGGGGGAUGAGGUGAGGGAGACCCAGGCCCACCCAUUAAUCCAGGUCCCAGCCCAGGGACCCUGUAGAUUGCAGCCAUCCGCUGUAUCCCUUUAACUAUAUUGCAAGGCUUCUCUAAUUCCCUGAGCCACUUCCCCACAGCCCUGCACUGUCUUCACCCUUACCUCAGGACCUUGUCCUAACAGAGUCCCAGCAACCAGCUCAUGGCUCCUUCUCGCUCUCCGCAGCUUCUAGCAGCGCUGCCCUGUCUGGGGUCUGUAGCUCUGUCAGCCAGCCACAUAUCAUCCACACUCCUACAGCUCCAGCAAGGAACUGAUCUUCCACUGGCCCUGCAGCUUUUCUUAUACGAGGCUGCUGGGCCCUGAUUGGCUGUAUCCCACACAGCCACUCUAGGCACUUUGGAGGACCCUCUCCACUGCCCUUUUUGGCCUUCCACAGCCACAAGACCUUCAGCAGGGGACCUCAGAGGGUUUGGUAUACUCCGUCACAUCAUCCCAUCUAAAAAAAAUGUUAGAAUUGGAAAAAGUACAGAGAAGGGCAACAAAAAUGAUUAAGGGCACGGAACAACUUCCAUAUCA